CCAGGUGCCUUGUUGUUUUGAACUUCCCACCUAGUGGGAGGAUGGAGUGAGAUGAGGAGAGUCAGCAUUAUGUGGAGACAGUGACAGCCUCUUCACUGUUCAUGUAGACACUGGCUGGAGAUAUAUGUCAGACUAGAAAGUGAGGAGAAGGCGUCAAGGCAUCUGAGGUGUUCAUUUCAACAAUACAUAGGAUUUAUUUUUAAAGGAGCACCGUCACAACCUUCAAAUAAGGAAGCUGCCUGCAGAGCUGCUGGGGAAUUUCCAGUUCAUUUUGCGAUUUAUAAUAGGAGAGACUGUUUGAAGAAAAGAAUGGAGAAUAGAAGGAAAGGAGAGAUGAGGAGGAAGAGGAAGGUUCCUUAUAUCUGCUGGCUGCUGCUGGCUCUGCUCCAAAUCGCCACACCUUCCUCAGCUCAAGACACCAACACCACCACUUCAGCUGCAGCUCUCCGUUACCUCACACGCCCAGUUGACGUCAGAGUGGCUGUGGGAGAACCUGCGGUGUUUCUCUGUGGAGUGCCCAUAGCUUCUCCAAACCUCACAUUCACCUUCUACAGGACUCAAAAGAACUACAGCCUCACCUGCCCUUACGGCUAUGCGGAAGACAUUCCCCAGGCUCUCUAUGGAAGUUGUGAAAUGAAGAAAGGAGAGUCAUUGGCUGUGUGGACCCUCAAGGGCACUUCGUUCUCUGACAAUGGCACAAGAGUCGUGUGUCAGCAGUCAAACAACAUGGAAACCCAUGCUGCAAUCCUACGUGUCUAUGAUAGCGGCAUCAGCCAUGCCACUCUCAUUGGCUGUACCAUCGGGGGUUUCUUUGGCGUUGUCUUGGUGGCUGGUCUAUCGUACACAAUGCUGCAGAGAUCUGAGACCCUCCAGAAGUGCUUCAGGGGAAAAGAAACAGAAGAAGAUGUGGUCACAAUAGUAACAAAGGAUUAAAAGGAGGCAGAAAGACGACGAAGACUGUUUGGUUACUUGAUGUUGCUUCAUAAAACACAUGCAAAGUUGUACUCUCUAUUCUAGAAAAUAGAAGUAGAAAUUAACUGGUUCUAUUUUUAAAUCCUUUGACCGAUCUGAGUGAAGUGAAAGUUGGAUCCAAUCCAAGUCUGGAGAUGAUGACUGAAAUGUUUGAGGCCGGAUCCAGACUGACCCCUGAUAUCUUAAGUUCCUUGUUCUGCCUUCAAUAACUGGACCCUGCACACAUUACUCACAGUCAACAAGCUCUUCAAACAAUUCACCAAGAAAUGAUUAAGCCAGAGCUCUUCCCCCACUUAUGCAGGGUCACAUGUGCACUGCCUUAUAUACUUUAUAAAUCAUGUGUAAAAUAUACUGCUGUGCUCACUAAUGUGGCCAAACCAGUUUAGUCUGUGAAUGUGUGUGUGUGUGUGUGUGUGUUGGUUGUGUGUGUGUGGUGUGUGG